GGCCGACAUCUCAUCUGAUAAGAUUGACUGGCCCUCCUUGUCUCUGCGGCGUUACAGGGCCAGCACAGUUAUCUGAUGGUCAGACUCGGGGUCGGAUUUAACCGCCAGCUUCUGCCGGACAAACAAACCCAGCCUCAAUCCUGUGACCGUCGUCCCUGCCACCCACCACUUAGUCGGUGACACACACGAGCGUUCAUACGCCAAAAGGGCCGUCUCUCUCAUAGACAGAGUGUGCCAUGCAGAGGUCUUGGGUUGCUCAUGGACGCCCCGUGUCGGCGUGUGAGCGGUGCCGCACCGCCAAGGUCGGCUGUGAUCGCGUUCGUCCGAGCUGCUCACGGUGCUCCCGAGCGGAGACGCUAUGCGAAUACAACGCUCCAUCAAGACAAAUCGCAAGGUAUCCUGUCCGUGGGCGACGAAACGAUGCGCAGCAAUGCGCACAGUCGACGUCCCAGCGGGAAGGCGAGUCGCCUCCCCAGACAUCCCGUAACAGCCUCACCCACACGUCCCCCGACCAUGGGCUCGACGACAUGUCCACGGCAGGCGGCCCCCGACAGGACGAUCCAGCUUCCAGCAGCGAUCAUCCUCCGCGGGCAAUGCUUUCACCAGAGGCACAGACCUGUCCAAUCAAGCUGAAGCGAGACAGGGCCGUGCUGUCCUGCGUCCGCUGCCGCAAGCACAAGGUCCGGUGCGACAGAAAGGUCCCCUGCGGGCGCUGCGUCAAGGCAAGGCGAGAGGCACAGUGCGUCUACACGGAGCCGGUUCACGCGCCUCCGACGCCCGUGGUGUGGGACGGCGGCGAUGCGCUCAACACCAUCGCGACGAGGUUCGUGGAUGCGACGUGGGACUCGCAGAACCGCAACGGCACGCACUGGAACAACCUGCUGCAAGAGCUCAAAGGCUACCUACCGAGGGAUCACGGCAGUCGAAGUGACUUCAACAUCCACCGUGAACAUGUCCCGCAGCCACUGGCCAUGUCCAUCAACUACCCUUUCAGCAACGACGCCAGCUCCGCGGACACGAUCCGUCGCAUUGUUGCUCAACUACCGCCCAGGCCGCUCCAGGAGAUAUUCAUAGCGCAGUACAUGGCCACCAUCGAAAAGGCGUACCACCUGCUCGACGAGCACACGUGGGGGGAGGAGCUGGAGCGGUUCUGGCUCGACGACCACAGCAUGCCCCCCGACUGGCUGGCGCAGCACCUCAUGAUACUAUCGCUCGGGUGCCAGGCGCGCAACUUUGUCGCCCAGGCCACUACCACCACCACCACCACCACCACCACCGGCGGGGGAGAAGAAGAAACGUAUCCCGGCAUGCCGACGCGGUUCAUGCACGGCGCGGAGCUGUGUCUCAAGAGGACGCCGUACAUGCUCAAGUCCACCCUCGCGAAUAUCCGCACCCUGUGCCUGGUGGUCAUCUCCAAGCAGAUAUACGCCAUGUCGUGCCACGAGUCGGACACGUGCUGGCCGCUCACCGGGCUGAUCAAGCGCCUGGGCAUGCGCAUCGGGCUACACGUGCCCGCGGAUAGAGAUGCGGUCCGUGAGAGGGGCGACGGCUCGGCGAGACGGAGGCUGUGGGCGGCCGUCGUGUUCCUCGACAUGAGGCAGUCGCUCGUCUGCGGCAUGCCCGUCCUGCUGCGGCCAGAGGACCUCGCGUGUUUCCGAACGGCGGCGGCCAGCAGGCGAAGCUCCCGCGCGUCGGACCAUGAUACAAGUCCCCAAGCAAGCAAAAACACAUCCGAGUCCUGGCUGGAAAGUACCCUGGCGUCGUCAGGCGACCUGCUCCUGCAGGCCCUCGACGUGGCCACCACCUCGACAGACGCAGACGGAGCCAUCACGUACGCACAGGUCACCGAGCUCGACGCCGCGCUGCGCCAGCAGCUCAAGCGCUCCGGCAUGGGUCUCGCGACAGAGAACCUCGGCACGGAGGAGUGCCCGGGCCCCGUCGGCGUCGUCAACCUCGAGGCCUGCACGGUACACCUCUUCUUCCGGCUUGUCCUCAUGGCGCUGCACUCGCGCUUCGCCCUGUCCCCCUCCGCGCCGCUCGACUACCCCAUCUCGUGCGUGUCGUCGCUCGAGAGCGCCCUGGCUAUCCUCUCGCACCAGCGCACGCUCUGCGAGGACGACAUCGGCUCGGGCCGCCGGCAGAACGCCUGGUUCGCGGGCUUGCUCAAGCACGAGUUCUUCACGGCGGCCAUGACGGUCUGCUCGCAGCUGGUGCGCAUGGGCAACGGCCCGGGGUCGGGGCUGGGCCAGCUGCCGCCCUGCAGCUGCGAGGGCCAGCCGCAGGAGAUCGUGCUGGAGGCGCUGCAGUCGUGCAGGGACGUCUGGAGCAGAGAAAAGGACGCGUCCGUUUGCAAUGCCAACGCCUUUGCGGUUGUGGACAACUUGGUGUGCAUGCUGCACGACUCGGGGGAAGCGGCGCGGCGCAUGCCAUGUCAGGGGUACUAACUCGUAUACGAAUAAGAGAUCACAGCUGUCCUAUUAAUGCAGAUGGAUGG